CCCUGCCCUGCAGCUGACCCUUGGGGAAAAGCCCCCCGCACGGCUACUGCGCAUGCUCUGAGCUGGACAGCUCCAGAGAGGGAAAUUUAAAAACGGUUCGAGCUGCGACGGCGGCCAAACUGCGGACCGCGAGGGGCGAGCGCGAGGGAGCCCCCCUCCGACACCCCCGCGCGCCCCGGCAGCGCCUGCGGCGGCGGCCCGGCGAGGAUCGGCUCCAGGAGAUGAUAGAAAGUGACAUCUCAUCCAUGAUGUCAGGAAUUAUUCGAAACUCAGGGCAACAUCGCCACCCCCCACCACAGGAAUACAGGCUCCUGGCCACCAGCAGUGAUGAUGACCUUCCUGGGGACCUGCAGUCGUUGUCGUGGCUCACAGCGGUGGACGUGCCGCGGCUGCAGCAGAUGGCGAGUGGCCGUGUGGACCUGGGCGGCCCCAGUGCACCACACCCACACCCAGGAGCCUUGGCUGGGGCAGCUGACCUGCAUGUGGGAGCCACCCCAGGUCCCCUGCUCCACGGCCCGGCUGGCAUGGGCCCCCAAGGCGUGCUGGGCUUGGGCCCCUUGGCCAGCCAUGGAGCCAACCAGAUGAGCCAGUUCCCUGUGGGGGGCCAGCCCUCACCCCGUCUGCAGGACCCUCCACAGCUGUACUCUCCCGCCUCCCAACCACAGUUCCCGCUCCCCCUGGGCGCCCAGCAGUGCCCUCCUGUGGGCCUGUGUGGCCCCCCAUUUGGGGCACGGCCUCCCUACCCCCAGCCCCACGGGGCCGUGCAUUCAUCCCAGGACCUGCACCCCAAACACUACCCCAAGCCCAUCUACUCGUACAGCUGUCUGAUCGCCAUGGCCCUGAAGAGCAGCAAGACUGGCAGCCUGCCUGUGAGCGAGAUCUACAGCUUUAUGAAGGAGCACUUCCCCUACUUCAAGACGGCUCCCGACGGCUGGAAGAACUCGGUACGGCACAACCUGUCGCUGAACAAGUGCUUCGAGAAGGUGGAGAACAAGAUGGGCGGCUCCUCGCGCAAGGGCUGCCUGUGGGCCCUGAACCUGGCGCGCAUCGACAAGAUGGAGGAGGAGAUGCACAAGUGGAAGCGGAAAGACCUGGCCGCCAUCCACCGGAGCAUGGCCAACCCCGAGGAGCUAGACAAGCUGAUCUCAGACCGGCCAGAGAGCUGCCGACGCCCUGGCAAGCCGGGGGAGCCCGAGGCCCCUGUGCUGACCCACGCCACCACAGUGGCCAUGGCCCAUGGCUGCCUGGCUGUCUCCCAGCUGCCGCCCCAGCCCCUGAUGACUCUGUCCCUGCAGUCAGUGCCCCUGCACCACCAGGUCCAGCCCCAAGCACAUCUGGCCCCAGACUCUCCCGCCCCAGCCCAGACCCCGCCCCUGCACGCCCUGCCGGACCUGAGCCCUAGCCCUUGCCCACACCCCGCCAUGGGAAGGGCCCCUGUGGACUUCAUCAACAUCAGCACCGACAUGAGCACCGAGGUGGAUGCCCUGGACCCCAGCAUCAUGGACUUCGCUCUGCAGGGGAACCUCUGGGAGGAGAUGAAGGAGGAGGGCUUCAGCCUGGACGCGCUGGGGGCCUUCGCGGACUCCCCACUCGGCUGCGAGCUGGGGGCCUCGGGCCUGACCUCCGUCUCUGGCGGCAGCCACCAGUCCUUCCCAGACUCGCAGGGAACGGGUCUGUACGCCACAUACUCGACCCCCGACAGUGUGGCCGCGUCCGCUGUCGCCUCCCCAUCUCAGUACCUGGGCGCCCCAGGGAACAAGCCCAUAGCCCUCCUUUGAGCUGCAGCCACGCCUGCCCAGGAACCC